AUGUCAGGACCAGUUGGAUCAACGGACCAGCUCACAGCAGUGAAGAAGGAGAGAGACAUUCAAAUGAUCCAUGCUAACAAAAGAGUGCACUCUGAGGAACAAGAAAACAAAGAGUGUCAUAAGCACUCCAGGUGCCAAACAACAAAGGAGAAGCUGCAUGAGCAGAUACCCCCGGAAGUCCAUACUGGAGAAAAGCCACAUCAGUGCUCUCAGUGUGUAAAGGCAUUUGCUCACAUGUCUCAUCUCAAAAGACACCAGCUGACCCACACUGGGGAGAAAACACAUCAGUGUUCUCAGUGUAAAAAAAGAUUUAGUCGAAAGUCUGAUCUUAAGAACCAUGAAAUGAUCCAUACAGGAGAAAAGCCACAUCAUUGCUCUCAAUGUGAAAAAGGAUUUAGUCGAAAGUCUGAUCUCAAGAAGCACCAAUGGGUCCAUACUGGAGAAGCGCCACAUCAGUGUUCUCAAUGUGAAAAAAGAUUUAGUCAAAAGGGUGAUCUCAAGACACAUCAAAUGAUCCAUACUGGAGAAAAGCCACAUCAGUGUCCUCAGUGUGGAAAAUCCUUUGCUCAAAAACAUAAUCUUAAGGAUCAUCAGAUGAUCCAUACUGGAGUAAAGCCACAUCAGUGUCCUGAAUGUGGAAAGGCAUUUAUUCAGAAAUCUUCUCUCCGUGGACACCAGAGAAUCCACACAGGAGAUAAACCGCAUCAGUGUUCUCAAUGUGGAAAAGCCUUUAAUCAGAAGAGCUAUCUAAAGCAACACCAAAAGGUCCAUACUGGAGAAAAGCCACAUCAGUGCUCUCAGUGUGGAAAGGCAUUCACUCAAAAGAGUCAUCUCAAAAGACACCAGUUGAUCCACAUUGGAGAGAAAACACACAAGUGUUCCCAGUGCAAAAAAAUAUUUAAUCAAAAGUCUGAUCUCAUGAAGCAUCAAAGGAUCCAUAGUGGAGAAAAAACAUUUCAGUGUUCUCAAUGUGAUAAAACCUUUGCUCAAACGUCUCAUCUCAAGGAUCAUGAGAGGAUCCAUUCUGGAGAAAAGCCCCAUCAGUGUCCUCAUUGUGGAAAGGCAUUUAUUCAAAAGUCUGCUCUUAGAGGACACCAGAGAAUCCACACAGGAGAAAAACCCUACCAGUGUCCUCAGUGUGGAAAAGCCUUUUAUCAUAAGUGGAGUCUUAAAUUACACCAACGCAUCCACACUGAGGAAAAGCCACACCAGUGUUCUCAGUGUGGAAAAGGCUUUAACUACAAGAGUAGUCUUAAGACUCACCAGAGCAUCCAUAGUGGGGAAAAACCUUAUCAGUGUUCUCAGUGUGGAAAGACCUUCAAUCAAAAGGGCAAUCUGAAGCAACACCAAACAAAGAAGAAAAUGUGUGGAACCAGGUCUUCAGUCCAAAAUCUAAACUGA